CGGGGCCCCGAGACCUCUCGGUAUUCGAAAUGCCACGCCAAAGCUAUUAGUUCGGGCGAAUGCUUUGAAGUUGUAACUUGGCCCGAUAUUUCGGUAACCAAAUCGAUAGAGAUCCGGUUGGCUUGUGUCGGCGAUUUACGCUGUAGUCGUGGUCGUGGACCCCCGGAACCUCGGCUCUGAUCCCAAGCGUGAAGAUGAUCGCCCGUGUUCACGGCAUCCCGUUGUGACCUGUUGUAUAGUUCCCUCCAUGCUGUUGGCUGAUUUCCAUCAUUUUUCUUGAAUUUCAGUUGCUAGAUCUUGUGUACGAAGGAGAUGGCUCAAUCAUACGAUGCACGUCGUCGGAGACGGAGGCGACGACGCGACAAGCCCGCAAUAUCGGCACAUCUUCUGCUCGACGAGCGGAUGAAAGGAGAUGUUGGCGUUAUCACAGAGGAUCUCUUCUGCGACCUAUUCCCUGGAUACAGCGUCUCGGCGGAUGCCCAGAGUCUCGCCGCGUUACAAGGCAAGAUCUUCCACGUUGCAAUUACGCCAUGGAUGCCAUCCGGUAUCACGUCGCCCUCGUCUUCGCCAUGGACAAUUCUACCCGUCCGACCUCCUUUGACUCCAGAUAUGGUGCCGCGGGAACCGCAUUCAGCGAUCCAGUUUCCUGCUCAUGCGCCAACCCUCCAGAGCUUUCAGCAGGCGAUGAACACCCUCUGCCCCAGCAGAAUACCACAUAGGCGUGAUGCGGCGAUCGAGAUCCGCGUGCUCGAUGUGGUUCCACUCGCCUUGGAUGCUGUGUAUGUCACCUUGGACACCGAAGGGCUCAGGAAGUUGGAUGAGGUGCAGCAACAGUUUGGAGGGGGGUUUCGAACGUUCCCUCUAAAAUCCCCUAUAGGCCGUAAGGAGCCGCCAGCCAAGUAUCCCACGCGGGCAGAGCAGGCUGCGACGCAGGAGCGAGCUUGGAAGAACUCAGUUCGAGAUGCAUUGAAGAUACCGCACGUUGUCCAUACGGGCGACCUGCUCCCACUUCCGCUACCUUCUCAUCCUAUCACGCAUGUCCCUCCACCGCCAGCGAAGAUCAGCGCUUGCGAACCUGUUUCACAGGGUAUCAUACUACCCAGUACACGCAUCGUCAUCGUCAAGUCGCGGAAUUCAACCAUUUCAAACGCAAAGGCCGCCCGCGUUUCCACGCCGUUGAGCCCGAAGCCUUUCGUCAAUGGUAUACCUGAAGAGGGAGAGGAUUCAGACCCAGAACAUGAGCAACGCCAGAUCUCCGAAGGGGAAGACACGUCGAACGAGCAGUUUUACAGCGCCGCAGAGGAUAGGAAUUCGCCGACCGACGAAGAUACCCUUGACUCGGAGCUUGAGCACUCGGACUCGGAUCUUUCGGAUGGCUCAGAUGAUGUUAUACAACUACAUACCCCGACUUUGCCGCCGCAGUCGUCCGGUGUGCUCUCUGCAUUUUCUGUCGCAACUCCGCGAGCGAAUGCGAGGACGAACGGCAUUUCAACUCCUGGAUCAAUCAUCUCCUCCUUCACGGCCGGCACAGCUCGACCUGGAGGCCCACGAGGGAAGCUUUUCAAGCCACACGGGCUUAUGAGCAAGAUACCGGACGAGCUGCUGUAUCCAAAGCCGAGUUCUUCAUCGGACGAUGAAGCACGGGUCUUUGUCGAUACUCAUGCCCUCGUCAGAAUAGGUUGCUUUGCUGGCGAUUGGGUACGCAUUGAAUCAUCGAGCGACAAUCCCAAUUUCCCUCGAGGAAUCCUAGGAGCUUUCGGACGGGACGAAGAACCUGAGGAAUUCGAAUGGCGAACGGUGCGCGUGUACGGCCUCCCCGAACAUAUGGCGAAGAAACGAGGUGCGAACGCCGGUCAUAGUGAACGGGAGCACCAUCCGCGUGGGAUGAUGACAUUUCCCGGGCUGUUCCCUCCGCCCACGGCUCCCGCAGUGUAUGCCAGCCCUAUCCUCCUAUCGAACUUGGGCGAUCCGAAGUAUCUUCGAAUCGCUCCUUUGAUGGCACAUCACGUACCGAGCGAGCGAGCGAGCGUAAUCGGUCGACCAGGGACGAACAGGAAGGUUCCCCCAAGUGCCUCUCCUCCGCUUGCAAAGGAAGUGACGCUACUGAAGGUAGCUACGCCGCUCAGCACCGAUCGAUCGAUGCAGCCUAGCCUGUUUUCGGGGCUCAAAGAGUACUUCGAAGGGAAGACUCGCAUUGUUAAGACUGGUGAUUUGGUCGGCAUUGCGGUCGACGAGAAGCUGGGUAAAGCUGUAUUCCAACCAGCAAGUGGCGCAAGCGAAGAUUCAGUUACCGAUGAACUACUCUCGAAAGUCAAGACCGGCUCAGAAAAUGCGAGAAAAGGAGUGGGCAUUGCCUGGUUCAAGGUGGGCAACGUCGUCCCGGCUUCCUCGAAAGUCGAAGGCGAGGAAGAGCUCUGGGGCGGCGUAACCUGCGUCGAUGCAUCCAACACCAAAAUGGUCCAAGCCGGCACAGAGAUCAGCAAAAUCCCCGCAACUCUCCCGGCUUCUCCAUUGGCCGCGUCCACGACCAGCACAUGGCCCUACUACCUCUCCGCCCUCCCGUCGCCGCAACCUAUCUACUCCACCUCCACCCGCGGCCUCCCGCUCCUCGCCCCCCCCACCCCCCAAAUCCCGGCGCUCCGCCGCCGUCUCCGCGAACUGCUCGCCGCCUCUACCUCGCCCCGCGCAAUCGCCCUAGACAUCCCGCCCCUCGCGAUCCUGCUCACCAGCACCCAGCGGUCGAUCGGUAAAGCCACCCUGGCCACCCGCGCGGCCGCCGACCUCGGUCUGCAUGUCUUCCCCAUCGAUGCAUGGGACAUCCUGACCGAGGCCACGGCGGGCGGCGGCGACGUGAAGUCCGAGGGCGUCCUCCGCGCACGAGCUGACCGCGCGGUCGCCUGUGGAGCGGAAUCCACGGUGUUGCUCAUCCGGCACAUCGAUGCGUUGACGGCCGAGCGGAUGCGUGGCGCGUUGGAGGAUGUGAAGAGCUCGGUGCGGGUGCUGGUAGCGACGACUACUGAUGUCGAGAAAGUGCCCGAGGGGAUCCGUGGGAUUUUCAGCCAUGAGAUUGAGAUCGGUGCGCCUGAUGAGGGAGAGAGAGAAGGGAUUUUGCGACAGGUGGUGGAGGAGAGGGGGUUGAGGUUGGCGGCCGAAGUGGAUUUGAGGAGCGUUGCGGUUCGGACUGCAGCGUUGGUUGCAGGCGAUUUGGUCGAUGUCGUCGAGCGCGCCGGUGUUGCGAGAGGGAGACGCAUCGCUGUUGUUGUCGAUGAAGGCAAAAAGGUCCUCGAAGCUUCGAACGGCAGCCAGACCAUCAUCACGCCGAUGGAUGUCGAGCUGUCCGGCGGUGCCGCCAGCGUCAGCCUCACCAAAGCCGAUUUCGAUGCCGCGGUUGACGCGGCGCGGAAGAACUUCGCUGAUUCCAUUGGCGCGCCGAAGAUUCCGAACGUCACCUGGGACGAUGUGGGUGGUCUAUCGCACGUCAAGUCCGCUGUGCUCGAAACCAUCUCGUUGCCGCUCCAACGACCCGAGCUGUUUGCAAAGGGUCUGAAGAAACGAAGCGGUAUCCUGUUCUACGGACCACCGGGUACCGGAAAGACGCUUCUCGCCAAGGCGAUCGCGACCGAGUUCAGCCUCAACUUCUUCAGCGUCAAAGGCCCCGAGUUGCUCAACAUGUACAUCGGUGAGUCGGAAGCGAAUGUUCGCCGUGUCUUCCAAAGGGCACGCGAUGCACGGCCUUGCGUCGUCUUCUUUGACGAAUUGGAUUCCGUCGCACCGAAGAGAGGGAACCAAGGAGACUCGGGCGGUGUCAUGGACCGGAUUGUCAGUCAGCUGCUGGCGGAAUUGGAUGGCAUGAGUGAGGGUGAAGAGGGAGCCGGAGGUGUUUUCGUCAUCGGCGCGACGAAUCGACCGGACUUGUUGGACCAGGCGCUGCUUCGACCGGGACGCUUCGAUAAGAUGAUUUACCUGGGCAUCAGUGACACUCAUGAGAAGCAAGCGAUGGUUAUGGGGGCUUUAACAAGGAAAUUCGCCCUCAAUCCGUCGGUGUCGCUCGCCAGGGUCACAUCUACCCUUCCGUUCAACUACACCGGCGCAGACUUGUACGCUCUCUGCUCUGAUGCAAUGCUGAAAGCAAUCACACGACAAGCUUUCCAUGUCGACGAAAAAGUGGCCGCCAUCAAUGCACUUGCUGCGCAGGAAGAUGACCGCAUGGGAAAGCCGAAGCCGAAGACCACGAUCGCACAGUUCUUCGAUCACUAUGCCACCCCCGAAGACAUGGCAGUAAUGGUCACCGAGGAAGAUUUCGAGGGCGCUAAACGCGAGCUCGUGCCAUCUGUCAGCGUCGAAGAACUCGGCCAUUACGAGCGCGUCCGCCGAGCCUUCGAAGGCGCCCCCAAGGUUCAAAGCAACGGCAAACUGCACGCGUCCCCCUCAGCGGGCGAUGUGCGCUCGCAUGGCGCCACGAACUCCAUCUCCGCCAACCACGCCGGGCCCCAUGACUCCCGCAGCAACUCCUCGGGCCCCGGCUCCCCGACAUUGACCCACCACACCCCCGCCACGUCCGGCAGCAACCAAAAGAAGCCGGACGGUGUGCAACGCAUGUUCCGGCGCAUCGUGUCCGUGUCCGGCAAGCAGCGACGGCUGAGCAAAGGCAAAGGCAGCUCGAAGAACUUGUCGGCGCUGGCGGAAGGGCCAGUGCAUACGCCCGAUGGCAGUGCGGUGAGCGAGGCAAGCUAUCAGGAUGAUGAGCGGAGCUCGCAGAGGACGGAUGAGCCGUAUGAUGAGGAUGAAUUUGUGAUUCGGACGGACCAUUUGAAAGGGAGUAAUGGGUCGGUAAAUGGGUCGGGCAUCAUGAAGGGGAAGGGGAGGAGAGGGAGUAGCGUGAGUGAGAGGGGGUUUACGGAUGCGGCGGGGAAUGAUGAGGAGGAAUUGUAUUCUUGAUGUUAUGCAGCUGUUACAGAUGAAUGGAGAUUUGUCCAUUGGUUCAUGUACCUUCCCGAUCAUUGCAAUCCGUCUGUCCUACGGUGCCGUUGAGCAGCUAGGAGUUCAUACGGAACUUCAGGAAAAGUUUUGACAAACACUCCAAUGAUCGGACAUCAUCCAAGUUGAAAGAGAGCCAGCCUUAAGUCUAGU